CGGUUUGGCUUUCUUUGGUGCCAUCGGGAUGACAUUUGUGGUCCUGGCCUGUGCACUACCGCAGUUCAAUCUGUGGUGGCCGUUCUUUGUGGUGAUGUUCUACAUCCUGGCACCGAUUCCGUGGUGCAUCUCUCGGCGUUACAUGGAGGAAAUGUCUGACUCGGCCAGCAGCGCCUGUACGGAACUGAGCAUCUUCCUGACUACGGGGAUUGUCGUGUCAGCAUUUGGGCUGCCGAUCGUGCUGGCAAGAGCAGGAGUAAUACAAGGUGCGGCCUGCGGUCUAACGGUAGCAGGUAAUGUUGUCGUCUUCAUCACCAUCCUGGCAUACUUCAUCGUCUUCACAAGAGAAGACGACUUCGCUUUCUCGGGCUUCUGAGACAAGAAAACGCUUCUAACAAUCGGAUUAUCCCACCGGUAAUUCAACAACCCCACAGCAAACUAUCCUGAUGAGCUUCACAUCCCUGUUUUUGGUAGUCUGGUAUCCAGUUUUAUCGUGGUUGGGGCAUAGUAGUUGGAACAGGCUGUGUUUUCGGGGCUUUAAUAGUUUCCCCCCACCCAGUACCAACAGGCCACCCCGGUAGGAGUGUUACACUAAUAGAGAUGGCACACUGGGGAGUAUAUAUACAUUUUGUUCAUGGUGGGGCUAAUCAAUCUCCCAUCGUGAAAUACCUACCGGGAAACCUAGCUGAGGCAGAUGGGGGAGAGCUCCUGCAGCCCCGAGGAAAAUCUACCCCAACCACGAGAAGACUGGAUACCAGGCUAUGUUUUUGGAUGGUACAGCCAUAAACCUAUUGUAUAACAGUCUGUUGUAGGCCAGCCUAUUCAUAUUCUGGGUAAUAUCAAUCAAUGAAGAACUUUUGUAGGCAAACAAUGUUUUGUUGUGAACAUGGGCACCCUAUAACUUAUAAGUAUAAGCUUCUGUUGCUGAUAGAAACUUUUAAUUCUUGACCCAAUGAACACCUACAACUAUACAACUCUGUCCUUUUCAUUUUCUACCCUCUUCACAAUUUAUAUAUAUAUUGAAAAUGUUGCCCAGAUCUAGACUUCCACCCCUUUGAACUUUUCAAAAUGGAAUAACCCUUGGUAGAUCCUUUUGAGACUUGUACCAUUGCAUAGAUGCAGUGCACUGCACAGCCAUUGUUUAGAUGUUUAUUUAUCUAGAUGUUAAUUUUCUGUAUAAUGUAAUAUUGUAGAAAUCAUGUGCAUUCCGCAUAUUUUGUGUUGACAAAUGUGGUGGGAAAUUUCAGUUUGUAAUGAUGAUAAUGUUCAUUCAUGCAUUUUUUUUAUUUUACAAAUAUUGCAAUUUUCAGCAGUAACAAUAUCAGUUGAAUUAA